AUGUCCAAUGUUGCUGUGGCAACGCUUUUCCUACCAAUUCUGGCGCAGCUGGCCCUGAGCACGGGAGUACACCCGCUCUACUACAUGUUUCCCUCCACUUUAGCCUCGUCGUUUGCCUUCAUGCUGCCUGUGUCCACGGCACCCAACGCCAUUGUGUUCGCAUACGGUCGGAUCCGAGUCAUAGACAUGGCUGUGACGGGGCUGGCAAUGAACGUCGUGGCUGUCCCAAUUUUAGUGGGAAUUACCGUUACUGCUGGCAACGCCAUCUUUGACUUCGACAACGUACCUCCGGAGUUCCUCAACAACACAUUAGUUCAGCAAGUCUAG